UGAAAAUGCCUUUGUAGGAAUAUUUGGUAAAUAUUUUACACGAUAUUCUUCAUGUAGUAAUUUUUAUCAAUGUCAUUUUAGUGGAGACAAUUCAUAUAAUAUAUUAACAAAUAUUUUUAAUGAUGCUAUGUGGGGAGAACGAGAUUAUGAUAAUGGUCAACUUAGUUGGAUUAAAUUAGUAGACGAAAUGAAUU